AUGCCUCUGGACGAGGAGGGAGCCAAGUGGUCAUGCGAGCCAUGCAUCCGAGGGCAUCGUUCGUCCAAAUGCCAGCAUUUCGACAGACUCAUGAUGAAAGUGCCCAAGGCAGGCCGUCCGCUCCAGAAAUGCCCUCAUCCGAAGGGUACCUGCAGCUGCCAGAAACUCUAUGCAUUCAUGGUUAGAAUACCAAAAGGAUCUACCUGUCUCUGUCGGCCACUGUAUAAAGUACCCAUGGCUCCCGGUGAAGCGCAGCAACAGCAGCAACCAAAGAUACCUAGCAGUCCAACAUCAUUAGGGGCACCAACAACGGCUGUACCACCAUCCCCAAUGGCUCCCGCAACCCCGUCGGCGAAUGCAAACCGCAUUCAAAAACGUUCGAGACGCCAGAACAGCAUCCAGGCCUCGGCUGAUAGCGUAUCUAGGGGGUUGGGUAUGCUAACCUCUCCGGCUCAAGUCAAGAAUGAGGCAUCUACGCCAGCAGGACCUAGUGUGGAUGAUUCAACCGCGGCAGCAAGUAGCAAGCCGAACUCGGCCCUCUGCCAAAAGACAGACAGUCCGGCCACCUCAACCGCAAUAAAAAAUACACCACAGAAUAGUGGAUGCUGUGGUUCGAAACGGCCAUCAAAUGCCUCCUUUUCUGUAAAUGUUAUGGAAAAUAUACAGAAAACUCCUGGUUAUAAGCUACCACCUUCGUCAAGCGAUACCCCUUUACAGUCUCAUCCGAUCCAAAACAAUCUACUCCACAAAUCGCUUUCGACUCCUGCCAUAUCAGAACCCGCCCCUUCUCCUGCACCUUUCCUACUCAGCUCUCUGGAAAACGAAUUUAUACACUAUCCUCCUAGCUCUCACUCCGUACCCCCAACGUCAUUUAACCUUCAGUCAACUAAAUACCACCAUUUCAAUUCAUUUGACCAAUUCGGGCCGCCUGAUGGUUUACCGCCUGGCCUUCACGCCAGUUAUGGUUCGACUGCUUCUCAGGGUGGAUGCAAAGGCCAUAACUGUGGUUGCGGAGAUGGAUGUCAGUGCUUAGGCUGCGCGUCCCACCCUUACAAUGAUACCACUAGACAUUAUAUCCAAGAGAUGGGUUAUAUGAUGGCAUCUGGAUACGGUGACCAGGGACCCGAGGGGAAUGACGAGGUCCACUCACCGCCAUACAGUGCACGCCUUCCUCCAGAGCCCCAGUUAGCUACUGUUGGACAGAACCAUUUUUCACAAGGUUACGUUCACUCUGCACCAUUCCAGCCACAGCUCUUGGGGUACGGUGAUAGCAACAAUCCUUUAAUAUCUCAAAACGCUGGUGACGGUGAGUUGACAAUGAGUCCUACCGCCUACUACACCGUAGAAUACCCCAUCAGUAUGCUUGAUCCGUGCACGAAUCUCACCGGUACCUGCCAAUGCGGCAUGAAUUGUGCCUGCAUUGGCUGUUUAACUCAUCAUGGCCACAAUGGCAUUUCCACCGAAUCCUCCCCACCACCAGACAUCCCGCAAGUGAGCGAUUCAGCUAGGAACACUCCGCAGAGUGUCACCUUUUUCUCAAUGCAGACCCAAACACCACCUCUCUCACAAAUACAGAUGCAGACAGACGCGCAGGCGCAUCUAAACCCACAAGUUUCGGUUUCCAGUGGAUAUCAUGCACAUUAUCCAGGUCAUGCAUCGAUGGAGUCUCCUCCUGCUUAA